AUAACAUAUGCAUCGAGAAAGUAGUCAUGUGGAGACUUUUCAAUCUCCCAGUCAUUGUCGCUUUGCCCAGCAAAGUUUAAUAUACCCCAAAUGCCCGCGGAUACCAGUUCUUGUCUGAACGUGAAAGAGAUCGCAAACAAGAGUGGCUGAUUCUAAGUGAGAAGCUGCGCCUUUAAUUCGAAAACUGUGACUGCAAAGAAAUAUCGAGAGAAAUGGAAAAUCCAACGAUAUAUGAAGGAGUGUUUGACAACCUUAUGCAACAGAUUGAAGAAGGUGAAAAUGCAGAAGAGAUCGUGAGAAACAUAAAGGAAUCGACCCUACAAGGACGUCUGAAAACAUCGGAGAAUCCAUCGUACUUUAUCAUGACCAUAAACAUGAGUAGUAACCACCAUGUAAAGGGAAGUGCACAGAAACGGAGGGAUCUGUUGUCAGUUAUUUUGCGUUCCGCCUUAACUGCAAUAAUUUUCUGCCAAGAACUACCAGGAAAAUUUAAGACAAAAGUUGUUCCAAAGGGGUACGAAUACAGAGAAAACAAACCUGAAGCAGCUGUGAUGUGGGAUAGCAACCAUUUUGACGGCUCAUCCGAGGGAUUAGAGACCGAUAACCCUGAAUUAACUGAAUUGUCGGAUAAGAAAGGCCAUGCAAGCGAGCUGCUGUCUAGAAUUUCGAUGGUCAAACUGACGCCUCUUGGGCAGGAACGUAACGAGAGUAUUCUGGCAGUUUCGUUUCACGGACCCUACAUCGGUAAAACCAAAAAGGAAAGAUCUGAGAUUUUCCAGAGUCUCGCGGAGUUUCUUGAUAAGGUGAUUAAAUUACGACGUAUACGCUCUUACAUCGUCGGUGGGGAUUUCAAUUUUGAUACUCAAGAAGUCGAACUCCCUGACGAAGUGGUCAUCGCAUCUUUUGAAUCAUCCCCUCGGUCUAAAGAGAAGCAGGAAAAAUCGGCCAGAUUUAUACCGAACAAGGAUAACUUUCUUUGGUACCCGGACAAGGCUGUCAUCAAAGUCUCUUGGACAAGAGCCUUCGUGUUCGGAAAUGAGAAUGAUAAAAGCAGUGACCUAACUAAAGAAGACUACAAAACAGUCCACAAAUCACUAGCUAGUGAAAUAACGAAGAAGACCGAUGCAACCGCAAGCGGGGCAACCGGAACAACCAAAGCAAGUGAAGCAACUGAAGAAACCAAAGCGACAGAUUUGUUGGAUCACGAUCCUGUUGUAGGUGUUCUUGUCUUUCUUCCUCCUCCUAAAGAGGUUCGGCAAGAUCUCUCAAAAACUUUCGAAAACAUAUCGAUGUCAGACAGUCGAGAGGGAGCAGAAGCUGCUAAUCCAGGUACAGAAUAGCUAUGAAUUACUGUUUAAACAAGAGACUAUUCGAAGUCUUGUAAAUAACAACCCGAACGAAUAAUAUGCGAAGAGAUCUCUGAAUAGGGUUAACCGAUUAGCGACAAAGGGCGAAAAAUAUAACUGACAACCGACAAAACUCUCUAAAAACUUCGACAAGCGACAAGUAAAUACUUAACAAUAACUUACAUGGUCUAAUAUCAGCGAUAUUUGUAUUCAAAAAUAAGAUCAUUCUAAAGUUUAGAAGGUAGCCACUUUAAAUUUAACAUCCAGAAUUUCCUGUUAUCAAACUUACUUUAUGGCCAAGUACCAGUCGGGCUAAUUUCUAGAACAGCGUGCGCUGCGCGAGCCGAAUGACUUUGAAAAAUUAACUAGAAUUUAAAGUCAUUUACUAAGAUUUGUCGACUAUUGACAAAGACCGAAAAUUUUAACCGAACACCGGUAAAGUACUGAAAUUCUAACCGAAAACCGACAUCAGCACCCCCGCUUGCAGACCCUCUGUAAAUCUCGCGGGUGCUAUCAUUUCAUUACCUAAACAACUUAUUUUUAAAGGAUGAUCCAAACGGCCAUAUGGUCUUGAUUGAUUCGACUAGUAGCGGCUUGUGUCUGAUUUACUGUGUAUUUUCGCUAAGAUUAAAAUUUGUUGGUUUAGAUGCGUUCGUCACAAGUUUGCAUAAUUUUGUUGUGAUUUCGAGCCAGUGGCAGUCCAAAUAGCCAGAGAGGUUCAAAAUUAACACUCUGCUUAUUACGUUAACGGCCAUAUGGUCUUGAUUGAUUUGGCUUGCAGUUGCAGCGAGUGGCUUGUGUCUGAUUUACUGUGUAUUUUCGCUAAGGUUGAAAACCGUUGGUUUAGAUACGUUCGUCACGAAUUUGCAUAAUGCUGUUAUGAUUACGAGCCAGUGGCAUCCUAAUUGUUUGGCAAUCCAAAUAGUCAGAGAGGUCCAAAAUAAACACUGUGCUUAUUAAGAUAACAGUGAGCAACGGUUUCAAUCGUAAAUUUAAAUGUUUAGAAUAAAAGUAGUUGCAUUUGUUACAAGCCUCAGUUAAAACAUUCAGUGUCCGUAGUCAUUUAAUUCACAAACCUGGGAAAUUAAUGCCAUUAAUUUUAAUCGAGAUCAAUUUCACCCGAGUGGAUGUAGAAUUUCAGCUUGGAUCAGUUCUAUAAUCCACUUUUAUUUAGGUGUGUUCGUAAGUGAAACAACCAUACUUCGGCGUGUGAUUUGCUCGGUAUGCAUCACUAUUUUUGUUCAGACUAAUUAUGCUAUCUGUCUUAGGUGGGUUGUCAAUAAAUUCUUUGUCGUUUUGAUAUAUCACUGCGUGAGAAAGACUGACUCAGUGGCAUAUCCAUUGUUUUAAUGUAGCAGACAGACAGGUGGUGUUUUAAACAUUUAACAAUUUAUAAAACAAUAAUUUCGGCAGGUAUAAUUUUUUUACU